AUGGCGUGCGUCAAUGAAGAUUACAUUGCAAGAUUCAAAAUAAAGAAGAGCACAGUUCAGGCACUGAUUACCUUCUUAAAAGAUCUCAUGAAACUGGACAGUGCGAUAGUGCCUAUAGACAAAAAAGUUCAUAUUUUUUUAUGGCUAUUAACCAGUGAUUAUUCUUUUAGUGAAACGGGUGCAUUAUUUGGUUUGCAUAAGUCAUCUAUGCCUGUCGACUCAAAGUGGGAACUAAAAGAAAUAGAAAAAAUGAUCCAGAAACUGUGCUUUUGCAAGCUGUCUGUGAUGAGUCUC